CCCCGAAGCCUUGACCUCUUCCUGACAACAAAAGCAUUCUGCUUCAGUUCCAUGGUUUGAACAACUUACUUGGAAGACGACAACAACCAUGUUUGCGUUUAUGAACCGACAACGAGCCCUGGGAGAGAUUGAACGACGACGAGGAGAUGUGGAAACGUACACGACACCGUUGGACCACGGCGAUGCCGAUAUGCGAGACUUUUUGAUGGAUUUCUAUCGCAAUAUUAUUUUCAAACGCCAAGACGAAAUGAAAGCGGAACUGACGAAAUAUCCCAAAAGCGUGGGCAAGUACCAUGCUCAGUUGGUCGUGGCAGAGCGAAGAGUGGCAUCGGAAGAUUUCUGGCAGCGCUAUUAUUAUCGAACCGCCAGUGUGGAGCGUGUUCAGAAGGAAUUGCAGAAUCGAAGUUCCAUGGUGCGACAACAACGAUCCGAUGCACUUCAGGCGGCAUUGAAUAGCAGCUUUCAAACGGCACAAACCAUCAUGGCGGCGGCAGGAGCAAGCAGUCCCAGUCGACAAGAACAAGAACAACAGAAACGAGACGAAGCCAUGGAUGCCAUCAUUUCGGCGCUCAAUGAAGAAGAAGAAGAAGAUGAGAAGAAGGAUGAAAAACAGAAACAAGCAAUCAUUCCAGAAGAAGAAGGAGAAGAAGAGACAUAUCAAGAAAACGAAAAAGAGGACGACAGCGACAACCAAAAACCAGAGCCAGAAAAGGAGGAGCAAAUUCUUCCUCAGUCGCCAGAAGUGAGGAGACGACAUUCCACCACAUCCGUCUAUCUCGUCCGAGACACUACCAACGCCCUCGUGGCUCCCAAUUCACCAGAUGCACAGCCUCCAGAUGUAGUAGAACCGGAGGGACUAGUCCCGGAGGAUCUGGAAUCGGUCGUACUCGGUGAUGUGCCGGAACCUCCCCUGGUGACGCCGCUAACGGAAAAGAAGAUUCAACUCGUCAGUGACAUGGCAUUCGUGGCACCACCUCCUGAAACAACAACUGCAACCACAACCACCACAGCAUCAAAUGACGCAAACACAACCACAACUACAGCAGAUGAAGAUGACAAGGGAGACAGCAAUGAUGACAAUGAAACUGCGACAGCACCACAGGAGUCGUCUGGUCCCUCCAAAAGUAUUGAUGACGAACCAAUCAUCUCCGAAAAGGAUAGCAACACCAGUACCAUCAGCGAGGAAUUGCCCGUGGUUUCUCCCAGAACGGUAAAGAAACUCAAUGUUGUCAGCGCCAUGUCUUUCACUCCGCCGCUUCCGGUGGACGUACAGAAGAGAGAUCAGAGCAAUAGUACAAGCACUAGUAGUACCACCACGGCUACCACAACGGCUACAAAGGAGGACAGCGACACGCCAAAAGAGGAAGAGUCGUCUACAUCGUCGACAACCAAGGUGGUUGAAUCCAGUACUGAAACCGAACCGACAACUGUUGCAGAAGCAGCCACAGCGAUCACCACAGAAGCAAACGAAACAAAGGACGAAGCCUCCAAGGCGUCUGCAUCCUCGACACCUUCGGAAGGACCUACCACGUCUGCAACUAUUUCUGAUGAUAAAACCAAGAAGGAGACAAACGAUGUUAGGACCGCAAAAGACAGUACUACUACUCGCCAAUCAUCGUUUCUGUGGAGCCCCUUUGGUGGUAGCAAACGUACUGUCGAUAGUAGUAGUGCCAUGAAGGAAACCACGCCAACGACGUCAAAGCUCCUUGCCAAGGAAGAGAAGAUAGAUGGCAAAGAACAAGGCGAACCUGUGGCGGCAGCAAGUGAAGAUGCUGUCAAGAGUGAGCAAACCGAUUCAGAAUCACCAACAAAGAGCACGGUGACAAAGAAAGAUGAAACGACCGCGUCAACAGCCGACAAGGAAGGCAAAUCUCCGGCCAAAGACUCGCCGCCCUCUCCCAAAGAGGAACCUACCAGUGGCAAAGCUGCAACCACCGCUACUGCUAACACAGAAACCAGUGACAGUGGACGUAGAUCCUCAUUUUCGUGGAAUGUAUUCGGUAGCAGCAGCAGUAAAGGCAAGAUUGAGAGCGGUGCAAAAGACCAGAGAGUCUCGACGCAAACAGAGCAACCAGCCGACACUCGUGACAAACCAAAGGACGAGUCUUCCGUGACAACGGCAACAGCAAAUGACAGCGAGAGUGUUGCAGACGCCCCUCCGAAGCAGGAAAUCGAGUCAAAAACCGAAAAGAAGAAUCCGGACGAAUCCAAACCUUCAAGCGACGAUGCUGCGACUGUGGAGCAACAAAUCAAGUCAAAACCAAGCAAGUCAAAACGAAAGUCCGACAGCAAGUCAAAAUCAAAGUCUGACAGCAGCUGGAUUACAUGGGGAAACAAAAAGAGCGAUGCUACCGCAACUACAGGUACAUCCAGUCAUAAUGCUCCAUCGACAGACACUAAUAGUACCGCAAGAGUACCAGGAGAGGCUGAUAAAGCCAAGGUGAUAUCGGGGGAUACCACGGAAAGCAGCCAAACAAACAGCACAAGUGCACGCCAAUCGUCCUUUCGCUGGGGUACUUUCGGCGGCGGCGGCAGCAGCAAUAGUAACAAGAAUAGCGGCGACAAGAUAGAGAAAGUGGAAUCCCAAAAGGAAGUGGCAACGUCCGUUGAAAACAAACACGUCGGAAAGAAACAAGCCGAGGAAACCAAAGACACUGCUACUAAGCUUGCUGAAUCCCCGUCUGCAAAGAAAGAGCCCAAUGAUCCAAAGAAGACAGCUGAAAAGGUGCCUUGGAAGCUUUGGGGCGACCGGAAGGAGAAGAAGGCAGCCCCGACGGUAUCGAAAGAUGACCGACCCACAGAAGGGGAAACCAAACGAGCUGCAUCAGUCAAGAAGAGCCACGAAGCACCAGAUGUGCCACUGCCGGAUUCAAACAAGGAGAAACGACCAUGGUGGAAACCUUUGCACAAAGACAACAAUCCUUCGCCUGGAAAUGGGGCCGAUUAUCGUCCCAUCAACGAGCCGUCAAGUUCUGCUGCAACUGCUCCUGAAACUCCCUCACCGCCUGCAUCGCUUAGAAAACUGUCAAUGGAGGAAGCAAAGGCCUUGGCUGCAAAACAGAUUGCAACGAAGAAACGACUGGAAUCUGUUCAAAAAGUCCAUUUGUCACUAAUGCUGCUUCUUUCGACAAUCAUUCUUGUUGUCCUUUUUGCCCACCGUCCACGGUGGACAACGCUAUUGGGGGAUACCCUCUGUGCACCUGUUUUCCCAUUCCAGAACUUUGACACGGACAAGACAGUUGGGGGCACUGCUCCCUGGUGGGUGCCAGGAGAUUCUGCUUCGGGAACCAAGCAAGCAACUUUUCAGUUGGUAUGUGGUAAUGGUCGGCAGCAAACCGAGUUGGCUUGGGUCCCAGUAGACAGGAAUCCCAAGAAUGGUUAUCGGUUGACCAUCGCGAAUGCCUUGACGAAUAGUGACAGGAAGAAAAAGAACAGAAAGGAGAAGCCCUUGGUUGACUUGAAACAUUUGCAUUCUACUGCAGUCUCACCUAGCCAGUUGGAAGUGAAACCACUCAAGAUGAAGGCAAAUAGUGUUGGGAAGACCAUGGGUGCUCCUUGGACUGAGGAUGCGGGAAAAAUGCUAUAAGAACUAAUUGGUGGUAGUAAAACACCUUGAACUCUCUAACAAACUACAUAAUGCAAUUGCAGUUGUCCAAUGCGCAAAAUGCAUUCCCUGGGCA